GAUUUUUCCGCUUCCGCCAGGCCGCCUUGAGCCUGAUGAAUACCAACAAGCAAUCGCUUCCGCAAGAGGACCCGGACGCCGUGAUGGUGGACUCGCCCAAAGACAACCAGGACUUGGUUGCCCUGCAGAGCUUCCCCUCGCCCACCAAGAGCAUGUGCAGUCCAAUGGAAGCCAACGACACCCACGCCCUCAUCAGCUCCAGCCACCACUCUUCUCCAACCAGCGUGGCGGCUGAACCCCUCGACCAUUCGUCCCCCAAACUACCGUGGGAGAAGAUUUACCAGACGGAGGUACACCACUCCUCAACCUCCUUAUCCAAUACCUUCCCGAGAGGAAGCAUCAUGAGCAUGAGGCGGGCGUCCUCUGUCCAUGAGAUCGAAGGCUACAGCUCCAGUUCCAAAAGCAUAUUUAGGGACCGUCAUCCAAACGAAGGUCCGUUUAACCACGUCAAGUCCAGCCUGCUGGGCUCUACGUCGGAUUCCAACAUCAACAAGUACAGCACCAUCAACAAGAUCCCCCUGAUCGCGCUCACCUUCUCCGAAGGUAUCGACAAGAAGACUCACUCUCCUCCAACGUCGGAGAAGACCAUCAUAGCGCCAAAGGUCAAAGACAGGACACACAACGUCACGGAGAAAGUCACACAGGUCUUGUCACUGGGCGCCGACGUUCUUCCAGAGUACAAACUACAGACGAACCGCAUCGACAAGUUCACCAUCCUGCAUUACAGCCCGUUCAAAGCGGUGUGGGACUGGCUGAUCUUGCUGCUGGUCAUCUACACGGCCAUCCUCACGCCUUACUCCGCCGCCUUCCUCCUCAACGACCAAGAGGAGCAGAGGAGGCGCAAAUGCGGCUACUCCUGCAGCCCUCUGAACGUGGUGGAUCUGAUCGUGGACAUCAUGUUCAUCAUCGACAUCCUCAUCAACUUCAGGACCACGUACGUCAACCAGAACGAGGAGGUGGUCAGCCACGCCGCCAAGAUAGCCAUCCAUUACUUUAAAGGCUGGUUCCUAAUAGACAUGGUGGCGGCCAUCCCCUUUGACCUACUGAUCUUCGGUUCAGGAUCGGAUGAGACGACCACCCUGAUCGGCCUGCUGAAGACAGCGAGGCUGCUCCGUCUGGUUCGAGUGGCCAGGAAGCUGGACCGCUACUCGGAGUACGGUGCCGCCGUGCUGAUGCUGUUGAUGUGCAUCUUCGCUCUCAUCGCCCACUGGUUGGCUUGCAUUUGGUACGCCAUCGGCAAUGUGGAAAAGCCUUACUUGGAGCACAAGAUCGGCUGGCUGGACAAUCUGGGAGUGUCCAUCGGGAAGAAAUACAACUACAGCGAUCCCAACUCUGGUCCGUCCAUUAAGGACAAGUACGUCACGGCGCUUUACUUCACCUUCAGCAGUUUAACCAGCGUUGGAUUUGGCAACGUUUCGCCCAACACAAAUUCGGAGAAGAUCUUUUCCAUUUGUGUCAUGCUGAUUGGAUCCCUUAUGUACGCCAGCAUCUUUGGAAACGUCUCGGCCAUCAUCCAGAGGUUGUACUCGGGCACUGCACGCUACCACGCGCAAAUGUUACGGGUCAAAGAGUUCAUCCGUUUUCAUCAGAUACCCAAUCCGCUGAGACAGAGGCUGGAGGAGUAUUUCCAGCACUCCUGGGCCUACACCAACGGCAUCGACAUGAACACGGUGCUCAAAGGUUUUCCGGAGUGCCUACAGGCAGAUAUUUGUCUUCAUCUCAAUAAUAAUCUCCUGCACAACUGCAAAGUGUUCCAAGGAGCCACCAAAGGCUGCCUGAGGGCCUUGGCUAUGCACUUCAAGACCACUCACGCCCCUCCCGGAGACACUCUGGUCCACAGCGGCGACGUACUCACCGCCCUCUACUUCCUCUCCCGCGGGUCUAUUGAGAUCCUGAAAGAUGACAUUGUGGUGGCCAUUUUGGCAAAAUGA